AUGGCAGUACAAUUAUUUUUUUAUGAAGCUGUUGGCUCAAAGUUUCAUUCUUAUGAACCAUAUUCUGAGAACUCACGUCUUGACAAGUUCUAUGAGGAAAUUGGUACAAAGAAAGAGUAUGGUCUUCUGUUUGAUGUAAUCAAGCUAUGUUUCUGUUUAUCACAUGGUCAUGCUACUGUUGAAAGGGGGUUUUUCAUAAAUGCUAAUUUAAUUGUUGAAGACUUGCAAGAGAAAAGCAUCAUCGCCCAAAGAAUUGUCUACGACAAUCUUUCCUUUGCUGGUGGGGUGCUUGAAAUGCGUUUAACCAAGCAAUUUGCUAACUAG